CUAGUAAGUUUGAAAUUUUGGUACACCAUAUGCAUGUCCAGCAUUUUUAACUGCCCCUCUGAAUUUGUCUGAGUCUGAGCUGUUAACUUUCCCCACACAAUUUUUUCUGGGUUUGAAAAAGAAAAAGGUAAAAGAAGAAUCUGGGAGUAGUAGUUUUAGGAAAGCAAGAGGAAAAGUACUCAUUCAGUGAGGUUUUGAAUUGUUCAACUUGAGAUGGCAUCAUUUGCAGGGACUACCCAAAAAUGCAAAGCAUGUGAGAAGACUGUAUACUUGGUGGAUCAGCUCACUGCUGACAACAAGAUCUAUCACAAAUCCUGUUUCAGAUGCUACCACUGCAAGGGUACCCUUAAGUUGAGUAAUUAUUGUUCUUUUGAGGGUGUUCUAUACUGUAAGCCUCAUUUUGAUCAACUCUUUAAGAAGACAGGCAGCUUGGACAAAAGUUUUGAAGGGAUUCCAAGAACUGUCAGACUUGAAAGAUCUACUGAUCAGGUCCAAACCAAUAGCAAGGUUUCAAAUUUGUUUGCUGGAACUCAGGAAAAAUGUGUUGCUUGCAAGAAAACCGUGUACCCAAUUGAGAAGGUAGCUGUUGAUGGAACAUCUUACCAUAAGGCUUGUUUCAGGUGCACUCAUGGAGGAUGUGUAAUUAGCCCAUCAAACUAUGUGGCACAUGAACAUCGCCUUUAUUGUAGGCACCAUCACACACAAUUGUUCAAGCAGAAAGGUAACUUCAGUCAACUUGACAAACAAGAAAACAAUGAAGGGGUGACUGAGAACACAACAACUGAGUAAUAGCAUGCAUGCAACUUUCAAGUUACAGUGGCAAUACAUGUUCAGAUGGUGACUCUUUCAGGAAUCAAAUGCCAUUGUUUCAAUCAACAUUUCUCUGUUUAUUAUGUACUUGAAAAAUUUUGUGAGACAAAUUUUGGGGUUGAUAAUUGAGAAGAAUUAGUGGGCAGUUUGGCUUAAUCAUACGGCUGACCAAUCUGCAUUUUGCUUUCAAGCUUUAUGAAGUUUGUGUUUUUCAUUACUGUAAUAAAUUAUGGUCUUCUCUGUAAA